CCCCGACUGACUUUAAAGCUACCGUGUCUCCUCUCUGAUUUGUGUUUCUGAUAUUUUUCUUUAUUUUUCCUCUCUCUAAAUUCACACACCGUCGGUGGCGGCGACUGGCGGCGAUCGGUGACGCCGUUUUCUCGGUGAACUUACAGCGUAGAUAAGUAGAAACAAAAUCCGGCCGGAGAUGAAGAUUUUCGUGAAGACUUUGAAGGGCUCACACUUCGAGAUCGAAGUGAAACCUGAAGACACCGUCGCGGAUGUGAAGAAGAAUAUUGAGACAGUUCAGGGUUCUAAUAUCUAUCCUGCUGGUCAGCAAAUGCUUAUCCAUCAGGGCAAAGUUCUCAAGGAUGAUACGACCUUGGAGGCGAACAACGUUGCUGAGAAAAGUUUUGUUGUGAUUAUGCUGACUAAGAGUAAAGCUUCAUCAAGUGGAGCUGCACCUGCACCGGCUGCACCAUUGAGCACGGCCCAACCUGUGAGUAAUACUUCUCAGCCGACGCAACCUGUAACAGCAGCUCCCACACCUGCACCAUCCGUUGCUCCUCUGCAAUCAGCUCCUGAAUCUGUUCCUGCUCCUGCCCCUGCUGCCUCGGUGGGUGUGUAUGACCAAGCAGCAUCGAAUCUUGUUGCUGGAAGUACCUUGGAGACCACUGUUCAACAGAUUCUUGAUAUGGGUGGAGGAAGUUGGGAUAGAGAUACAGUUGUUCGCGCUCUAAGAGCGGCAUUCAACAAUCCAGAAAGAGCUGUCGAAUACCUCUAUUCCGGUAUUCCUGAGCAAGCAGAAAUUCCUCCUGUGGCUCAACUUCCUGCUGGCGGUCAGCCUGUGAUCCCUUCAACCCAGGCUGCUGCACCUCCUGUAGCAGCUCCCGGUGGUGGUCCGAAUGCUAAUCCUUUAGAUCUCUUUCCACAGGGUCUCCCAAAUAUGGGGGGUUCGAAUGCAAGUGCUGGGACCUUAGAUUUUCUCCGCAAUAGUCAACAGUUUCAAGCACUGCGAGCCAUGGUACAAGCCAAUCCUCAAAUCUUGCAGCCCAUGCUUCAAGAACUCGGAAAGCAAAAUCCACAACUAGUUCGUUUGAUUCAAGAUCAUCAGGCUGACUUCCUUCGCCUAAUAAAUGAACCUGUUGAAGGGGAGGGGAACAUAUUGGGGCAACUCGCUGAAGCAAUGCCACAGACUGUGAACGUCACACCUGAAGAGAGGGAAGCAAUUGAACGUCUUGAAGCAAUGGGUUUUGAUCGGGCUUUGGUGUUGGAAGUGUUCUUUGCAUGCAACAAGAAUGAAGAGCUGGCUGCAAACUACCUAUUAGAUCACAUGCACGAGUUUGACGACUGAAAUUAGUUGAAAAAUCGAGUGCGGAGUUGUCUAAUUUUCGUCAAUUUACUUUGUUUACCGAAUUUGUUUUCUUUUCUUUUUUCCCCUUGCCGCGUGGUGGAUUAAUUUAGAAUUAUUGUUCACAGUGGCUUUUCCUUAAAACGGUAUGAUCUGGAUUUUGGAUGCACAAGUUAGAAUUAUUCUUAAAAUUUAUCGACGUCUUAAAUAUCUUCGUUUGUGUCGCACUA